AUGAACGCGACGACGUCGCCGAGGAGUUCAAAUACCUCUCACAUCACUUCAGAGGGCGUCUGGAACUGGACCUCGCAACAAAGAUCCGCGAUCUUUUCCGCUUCUUGGGGCGCGCUGAUCUCAACAUUAAUUGCAGGAUUUGUCGCUGAUCGCUGCCGGCCGAAACUCGUGAUCAGUUUAGCUCUUUUCUUCGUCAGCCUAACAACUUCGCUAAGCCCCUAUAUGCUUGGCUUUGGAUAUUAUGCAUUCUUCGUCACGCGAACAUUACUGGAAUUCUCUGGGGGCUUCAUCUUCCCGGCGAGUAGUUCUAUCGCUAGUAGGUGGUUUCCGCCUACAGAGCGCUCGACCUUGGCCUCGGUUUAUAGCAUGGGGAGUACGCUAGGAUCCUCAAUAACUCCACUAAUCGUGGCAGGGCUCUGUACAUCGCCGUUCGGAUGGGAAUCAUUGUUUUAUGUUUUUGCAAUCGUCGGCUUUCUCUUCCAAAUCCCUUGGACCAUCGUCGUCACAAAUAAACCCUCGAAAAAUAGGCAUAUUUCCGAGGUCGAAAGGAAAUACCUCGAAAGCGAGCUCCAUUUCGGACCGCUAGAAGAAGAGGAUGACGACGAUGAGGAACUCCCCGAAUUCCCUUGGAAACGGCUGCUCUUCUCUGCGCCACUGCUAGCCAAUUACGCAUGUGAAUUUUCAUAUCAAUUCACCCAGGCCGCAACACAACAUUAUUUACCAAGCUUUUUCAGUGAGAAGCUGGGAUUUACGAUUGGACAGAACGGAUUGUACACAACAUUACCAUUUACACUCAACGUAUUGUUCGGGAUAUUAUGGGGCGGGAUGGCCGAUUAUUUGAAGGAGAACAAGGUUAUGACGAAUACAGGAGCUACGAAGAUGUUUCAAGCUAUAGACGGCUUUGGUAGCGGGAUAUCCCUCAUCCUACUUACUGUAAUCCCAUCGGUAGAGGAUUCAAGAACAGCACUUAUAUUUUUGCUUUUAUUUGGCUUGACGUUCCCGGCCGGUGUCAGCGGCUACUUCACCUCCAUGAUCUCGAUUUGUCCACAGUAUGCGGGGAGUGUCAUCUCGAUCUCACGGGGUUAUGGUGUGAUCGGCUGUAUGAUAACGCCUUGGGUGCUGACAUUUUUUGAGCAUUUGGGUUUUGAGCACAAAUGGUUUUAUUUCUAUGGCCUAGCCGCGUGCUUUCAAAUAGUUUCCGGAUUUUUGUUUUUGGUUUAUGGCACAAGCGAGGAGUUUCCGGAGUGUAGAGAACGUAGGAGUUCCAAUCCACGACGUGAAGAAAUGAGCAUCAACUCCACCAAGCUCACCACCCUCUCUGCC